CUAUUGGUCACUUGAAGCUUCCAAAGCCUUCCAAAGAUCCAUCCAAAGAUCCAUUCACCACUUGCGAUAGCUUCAAAUUUAGAUCUUCGAGCUCCCAAUUCGUUGCAGUUCGUCCAGAAAAAUUCUAUCCUUUUGAAUUCACGAAUUUCUCCCUGUAUAUACUUCACAAUGGCCACCGCUAUUCGAUCGAUUAAGUCCCUCGUCCCUCUCCUGGACCGUGUGCUGGUCCAGCGAAUCAAGGCUGAAACUAAGACCGCCAGCGGCAUCUUUCUGCCCGAGUCCAGCGUGAAGGAGCUCAACGAAGGCAGAGUUCUAGCUGUCGGACCCGGCGCAUUGAACAAGGACGGCCAACGUUUGGCUAUGGGUGUGCAGAAGGGAGACCGGGUGUUGAUCCCUCAGUACGGCGGUUCCCCCGUUAAGGUCGGCGAGGAGGAAUUCCACAUCUUCCGCGACAGCGAGAUCCUGGCCAAGAUCAACGAGUAAUUAUAACGAUACCCACGAUUGAUGACACCGAUGUACCAUAGCAUGUAUGUACAACAGGAGGCAUAAAAAGAACUCGGGUCGGGUCAAGCUUUGCAUAGCGCAACGUGAUUUGGCGGCUGGGUGGGAAAGGCGUCUUCGCGGACCGUAGGGUAGUGCCUAGUCUAAGAGGUUCAACUUUUGCGGUUUUGAGGUGCAGUUAAUCUCCACUCUUCCCUCCGAAAUAUGUUCUUUAGGAACUAGUGACUUUCUAUUCAUGAAAUAAUAUGAAUGACAAUUGCAAGUG